AAUGAAUUAAUUUUGGGGAAAAAAGAGGACUUGGCCGCGCACAUUCGUGCAAUCAAACGGGCCUGGGAAGAAAUGGAACCGGGGCGAGCGGAACGAGCCAGCUUGAGUCGUAUUCGGUAUUUGGAACAGCAGGCCGAGAAACUGGAAUCCAAACCGGAAUUAGAUAAAACCGACAAGGAAACUGGAACUUCCACAGUUGAGCGAAGUCGGCCAAGCACUCAGGGCUCUCUAACACAGGGUAAAUAA